UCGAUUGACAGUACACAUCGUAGCCUGCAUCAACGCAGAGAUCGAUCGAUCACAAGAACAGUAAUAAGCUAGCUACCGCACCAACAGUUAAUAAGACAUGGCCGGCGGGAAGAAGGCGGCGGUGGCGGUGCUGCUCGUGGUGAUGGUGGUUGUGUCGUUGUCGGCGGUGGCGCCGGCGGCCGCCGCAGGUGCGCCGUUCAUGGUGUGUGGCGUGGACGCGGACCGGAUGGCGGCGGAUUGCGGGUCGUACUGCAGGGCCGGGAGCAGGGAGCGGGCGCCGCGGCGGGAGUGCUGCGACGCGGUGAGGGGCGCCGACUUCAAGUGCCUGUGCAAGUACCGCGACGAGCUGCGGGUCAUGGGCAACAUCGACGCCGCCCGCGCCAUGCAGAUCCCGUCCAAGUGCCGCAUCAAGGGCGCGCCCAAGUCGUGCUAGAGAUCUAGCUAGCUAGCUUCAGUUACGAGCCAAUAGCUAGCUAGCUAAGCUCCCGACUUAAUUAAUUAGUUUCAAAUAAUCAAUGGUCCAGUAAGAUUUGUACUCAAUAUUUGCUUCUUGGUUUGUCACAGUAUUUCAUUUGGUAUUGUCAAACUAUAUACUCCCUCCGUCCCUAAAUAUUUAACACCGUUAACUUUUUUAAACA